ACCCCGGGAGGGAAGUUGGGAGUCUGGCUCUCCUGUCCCCCCCAGCCAGGUCAGUGCGCCGCGGGGUCCCCUGCAUGCGCAGUGCCCACUGCCAGAACCCGCCCAGGUGACACGUACACAGUUUCUCCUAGUAUGACUUCCAUCUGAUUAGCAGCCACAAGAAUUUGACUUCUGUGUCUGGAACCGGAGUGCUGGGGCCUGGUCACUGCCCGCAACUAGAGAGCUGCAAUGGCCACUGCAUCUACUUCCACCCCUGUGAUUUCACAACCCCAGUUCACAGCCAUGAAUGAACCACAGUGCUACUACAAUGAAUCCAUUGCCUUCUUUUAUAACCGAAGUGGAAAGUAUCUUGCCACAGAGUGGAACACAGUCAGCAAGCUAGUGAUGGGACUCGGAAUCACCGUCUGCAUCUUCAUCAUGUUGGCCAACCUCCUGGUCAUGGUGGCAAUAUACGUCAACCGCCGCUUCCAUUUUCCUAUUUAUUACUUAAUGGCUAAUCUGGCGGCUGCAGACUUUUUUGCUGGGUUGGCCUACUUCUACCUAAUGUUCAACACAGGACCCAAUACUCGGAGACUGACCGUCAGCACGUGGCUCCUCCGUCAGGGCCUCAUUGAUACCAGCCUGACAGCAUCUGUGGCCAACCUAUUAGCUAUUGCAAUUGAGAGGCACAUUACAGUCUUCCGCAUGCAACUCCACACACGCAUGAGCAAUCGGCGGGUGGUGGUGGUGAUUGUGGUCAUUUGGACGAUGGCCAUUGUGAUGGGAGCUAUUCCCAGUGUUGGCUGGAACUGCAUCUGCGAUAUUGACAACUGUUCCAACAUGGCACCCCUUUACAGUGACUCUUACUUAGUGUUCUGGGCCAUUUUCAACUUGGUGACCUUUGUGGUAAUGGUGGUUCUCUACGCUCAUAUCUUUGGCUAUGUUCGUCAGAGGACUAUGAGAAUGUCUCGGCAUAGCUCUGGCCCCCGGCGGAAUCGGGAUACCAUGAUGAGUCUUCUGAAGACUGUGGUCAUUGUACUUGGCGCCUUUAUCAUCUGCUGGACUCCUGGAUUGGUCUUGUUACUUCUUGAUGUGUGCUGUCAGCAAUGUGAUGUUCUGGCUUAUGAAAAGUUCUUCCUUCUGCUUGCUGAGUUCAACUCUGCCAUGAACCCCAUCAUCUACUCCUACCGCGACAAGGAGAUGAGCGCCACCUUCAGGCAGAUCCUCUGUUGCCAGCGCAAUGAGAACGCCAGUGGCCCCACAGAAGGCUCUGACCGCUCAGCUUCCUCCCUCAACCACACUAUCUUGGCUGGAGUCCACAGCAAUGACCACUCUGUGGUGUAGAAGGAAACUAAGAGAAGAAGCCGGACAUCAUGGAUUGACAUUUGAAUAGUCUUCCCCGACCUGAAUGCCAGGGCAAGGUUGGGUGUGAGAAAGAGAGGAAAGAUAAACUCAUGUACUUAAAACACUAACCAAUGGCAGUAUUUGUUCCUAGACCCCCACAAGACUUGAUAUGUAUUGGACGCUAGUUUGUGUGAGAACCCUCAUCCUGAUCCUUUUGGAAGUAGCAAGUGGAGAUUUUGCAAUGGAAUUUACACAUAGACUCUGCAGUGCACAUUUAGAUGACACUAACUAGACUUCAAAAGAUUCCUUUGUGGUUUGGUACAGUCAGAAUGAAUUCUGACCAGUUGAAUCUCUUACUUCAUUUACAGACAUGCUUCCCUUGUUUUUAAUGGUUAUGUUUCAUUUAAUAAACUUGUUUAUACCGAUCAGCAUGCUUGUGAUGAUAACAAUAUAAACUUUUUCUAAAAUGUCAUAACUCUAUUUUCCCUUACAUCAGAAAACUGUAAAUUAAAAAAAAUCCUUUUAGAAAGCAUGCAUGUAUUGUAUGAAUGCAAUAUGCCUUAAAAAAGAUAAUAGAGUAUUAAUUUUAAAUCUUCUAGGAAAUCGAAGAACCUAGAUGUUAAGACCAGUGUUCAUUUAGGUUAUGAAUCAGACAUUAGUCUAAUCACAUUAUUACCAUUUUUUGUUAAAGCAUUGUGGCAAAUAUAAAAUAGGAAAUGAAUGUAAAAUAUUACCAAAAGAAUAUGUACUCUAAAAGUCUAUAAAAGGUAAUGCAUAGUAAUAUUGCUCCCAUAUAUUUAUCAUACUUAAUGAACUUUUUAAUCACAUCAGAGA